AUGGACACGUACGGCGACUACGUCAUCUCCAGCGCCGCGCAUCAGAGCUCGCCUCCAUCCACGUCGCCAAGCGGCCACAUUCCCACCUCAUUCGGUACCUUCUCGGCCUCGCCUCUCCUCUCCUCCUCGCCCCUGCGGCAAUCGACCGGCGCAUCCUUCCGCAAGGUGUCCCUCUUCAGCAGCGACAACACCAAGAGAGGCGCGAGCUCCGACUCAGAGGAUGCCGCGGGCUCGCCCACGCGGCCAGGCCUGCUCAAGCAGAGCCUGGCCCAGCAGCAGAAGCUGGACGAGGAGCGGGCCAUGGGCGGCUAUCCACGCACGGGCCGGCGCGGCAGCCUGGACGACAGCGUACGUCGGCACCGUCGCGACGACAGCGACACCUUCUACGCCGCCGGCGAGAAGGAUCGGAGGCAGAUCGCAGACGUUAAGCUCACCUCGCAGUCCUCGUCAGCCUUCGCCUCGGCCGCGUGCACCUCGUCGCCCGACACGGCGGAGACCCGAACGCGACCGAACGCCGCAGCUCCCGUCGUCGCCACCGCCGCCGCCAGGAAGAACUACCAGACCUUCAGCCAGACCACUCGAGCACCGCCUGCUUCGUCUUCGUCUUCGUCUUCCUCCAUUUCUUCGCCAACGUACGACACGCACGCCCAGGUAAAGAGGGCACUGAAGCCCAUUGGCGUCUCCCUCCUGCGCGAUCCCGUGCGAACGUCGACGCCUCCGGCAGCUGUGCCAACGUUGUCGAAGUCGUCGUCAUCGUCGACGUCGACGGUUUCAUUUGAGGCGUGUCACGCGGACGUGAGGGAGAAGGACAGGAAGAAGAAGAAGAAGGCCAAGAAGAGCUUCGUGGCCUUUGUCAACACCAAGAGCGGCGCGCAGAAGGGCGAAGACGCCCUCGAGCUGCUCACCGAAGAGCUCGGCGAGGAUCGCGUGUUCGACCUGGUCGAGCUGGACGACCUCGAGGACUGUCUCGAACAGUUCAGGGGCGAGGAGAACCUGUGCAUCGUAGUGGGCGGAGGGGAUGGCACCUACAGCUCGAUAAUCAAUGCGCUCAUCAAGAUGAAGUUCCAGCCCAUGCCCACGCUGGCCACCCUUCCCAUGGGCACCGGCAACGAUCUGGCGCGCGAAUUCGGUUGGGGCGGUGGUUUUGAGCCGGACGAGGAAAGCGUCCAUCGAAACCUUCGACCUCUAUCAGCAGGCCGAGCCCUCUCCACUCGACAUAUUAGGCCUCAGAAUGAAGUGACCGGUGAGUUCUCCGAGAGCAGGCGCACGGUGCAGUACAUGUUCAACUACUUCAACGUCGGCUUCGAUGCCCAUGUGGCCCUGGGCUUCGACAACACCAGAAAGAAGCACCCGUGGCUCUUCAAGGCCCAGCUCCUCAACAAGCUCUUCUACCUGUGUUCUGUGCCCGGGCCGGCGGUCAAUGGAAUGACGGACCUCCACAGCUGCGUCAUGGCCGAGGUCGACGACGAUCCCAUCACUCUGCCCAAGGACCUGCGCACUUUCGUGGUUCUCAACUUCACCUGCUACCAGGCCGGCCUAGAUAUCUGGGGAACGGCACAGGAAGCAGACAAUUCUGCCGGGUAUCCCAUCUUGUGGAGUACGCCUUCCAUGAGCGACCGCACGGUCGAAGUGGUGGGCAUCGGCGGACUCGACCACGAAGCGACCGUCCGCACCAACGUGUCCAAAGGUUAUCGGUUGGGACAGGGCAGCACGCUCAAGCUGCGCAUAUUGGACGACGUGGCCAUCAACAUCGAUGGCGAGCCCGAGUGGCAGAAGGCCCCGUGCGAGGUCUCCAUCACCCGGUGGGGCUCCAUCUCCAUCCUCCGCAGUCCCGAGAGCGACGACAAGGAGGAGGACAAGGAAAAGCGGGACAAGGAGCGACGAGAGAAGAAGAAGAAGCAGACCACCAAGGUGCGGAUCGGCAGCAAGCGGAUCGCCAAGCGGCGAAGGACGCCGGCAAAGCCCACCUGGGAACAGAGCAGCAAGUUCUCCUUCGGCGGCUUCCUCGUCUACAUGCUCACCGGCAGCGUCUAA